AUGGCCGCCCAGGCCAAGCACGACGACGCAGUCUCUGAUUCCACUUCAGCCAUCGACUCUCCGGUCUUGACCCCUAUAACAACGUCCAUAGCAGGCGACAUUUCCACAGAUGCUCACCUGAGCGACGUUCCUUGGCCCGGCAAAACCUUUUACAUCAUCGAAAGGCAGUCCGGCAAAGCCAUCACGCUGGUCGACGACCAGCCAGUGCUCCUGGACCUCAGAACCACUCGCGAUCCCAGUACCGUAUGGCUUUGCGUCGAAAAGCAAGGGUAUUUUGGGUUUCAAAACCCAAGUGCAGGGAAGUUCAUCGGCCACGGCGGCAAGAGCGACGUGGGCACAUGGUCCUGUGAGCUCAGAGAAUGGGAGUCGUGGACUCCGAGACAACACCCCGAGGGAGGUUACCAGCUGCUUUCGCCAUAUUGGUCACAUACUCUGAUGGUGCUUUGUGUUGCUCAAGACAGAAUCAAUCUGUGUAGGCGGUCUCAUGGCACGACAUUGUGGGAGUUCAUCCAGGUUUAA